GAAGCGGGGGAUUUAACUUCACACACGGACAAAACCUAUGCGUGGAUUUCGGCUCUUUUUCCCUUCGCCAAUGCAAAAGGAAAUAUGCAGCGAAGCUUCACCAUCCUCUACACCAGUUUACUGGGGAUGUGCUUGGGUUCAAGCUCAAGUUUUCCAAGUAACAUCAAUAUAGGAGGAUUGUUCCCAACCGAAUCGCACGAAUAUGAGGUUUUUCGGUUCGCCCUGUCUCACCACCAGGACAUCCCCAAACUGGUGCCGCAGGUGGAUAUGGUCAAAAUGGGGAAUAGCUUCUCCAUGACAUAUGCCUUUUGCUCCCAGUUCUCCAAAGGUGUGUACGCCAUCAUCGGUCUGUAUGACAGGAAGACGGUCAACAUGCUCAUGUCCUUCUGCGGGGCGUUGCACGUGUGCUUUGUCACGCCGUCCUUCCCCAUCGAGACGGCCAACCAGUUCGUCAUCCAGCUGAGGCCCGAGCUCCAGGACGCUCUGGUGGGAGUCAUCGAACACUACGGAUGGGCCAAGUUCGUCUACAUGUACAGUUCCGACUCAGGCCUGUCGGUGCUGCAGAAGGUUCUGGACACGGCGGCGGAGAGGAACUGGCUGGUGACCUCGGUCAACGUGGAGACCAUGACGGAGGCCUCCUUCUUGAAAGUGUUCCAGGAUUUGGACAAGAGGAAGGAGGGCCAAAUUAUCAUCGACUGUGAGACUGAGAGGCUCACUGGGAUACUGAAAAAGAUUGUCGAACAAGGAAAGAAUGCAAAGAGCUACCACUACAUUCUGGCCAACCUGGGUUUCCUGGACAUCGACCUGACGGACCUGAGGAAAGGCGGCGCCAACAUCACCGGCUUCCAACUCGUCAACAACUCGGAGCCGGGCGUGAGCCGCGUCGUCCAGCAGUGGAUGGAGUUUGAUAACAAAGACUCCAAAGUGCCCAAGAGUGGACUCAAAUACACAGGCGCCCUCACAUACGACGGGGUGAAAGUCAUGUCCACGGCCUUCCAGAAUUUGAGGAGACAGAGGAUAGACAUCUCUCGCAGGGGCAACGCUGGAGAGUGUCUUGCCAACCCGCCAGCUCCCUGGGGGCAGGGCAUAGACAUCCAGAGAGCCCUGCAGCAGGUUCGCAUAGACGGAUUGACCGGUCACAUUCAGUUUAACGAGAAAGGCCGCAGAACCAACUACACCGUUAGCGUCAUGGAGCUGGCCCCCUCCGGACCAAAGAAGGUCGGCUACUGGAACGAAGAUGAGAAGUAUGUGACCACGGCCAGCUUCAUGAGGGGCAGCAACGAGACCUACGGGUUACAGAACAGGACUUACAUAGUCACCACUAUCUUGGAGUCUCCGUAUGUCAUGCUGAAGAAGAACCACGAGCAGCUUGUGGGGAACGAUAAGUACGAGGGCUACAUCGUCGAGCUGGCUGCGGAGAUAGCCAAGCAUGUGGGCUACCAGUACAAGCUGAAGAUCGUCUCAGAUGGCAAGUACGGAGCCAGAGAUCCUGAAACCAAGAUGUGGAACGGCAUGGUUGGAGAACUGGUGUACGGGAAAGCCGACGUGGCCGUGGCUCCGCUCACCAUCACCCUGGUCCGUGAGGAAGUCAUCGACUUCUCCAAGCCCUUCAUGUCCCUGGGCAUCUCCAUCAUGAUCAAGAAACCCACCAAAUCCAAACCGGGCGUGUUUUCCUUCCUGGACCCGCUGGCUUACGAGAUCUGGAUGUGCAUUGUGUUCGCCUACAUCGGCGUCAGCGUCGUCCUCUUCCUCGUCAGCCGGUUCAGCCCGUACGAGUGGCACGCCGAGGACUACGAGGAGGGAGCCGAGCCCCAGACUCCAACCCAGACCCCAGAGCAGACCAACGAGUUUGGCAUCUUCAAUUCCCUUUGGUUUUCGCUUGGCGCCUUCAUGCAACAGGGCUGCGAUAUCUCACCACGCUCGCUGUCGGGCCGCAUCGUCGGAGGCGUCUGGUGGUUCUUCACCCUCAUCAUCAUCUCGUCCUAUACCGCCAACCUGGCUGCCUUCCUGACUGUGGAGAGGAUGGUGUCUCCUAUAGAGAGCGCCGAGGAUCUGGCCAAGCAGACUGAGAUCGCCUAUGGAACGCUGGAUGCCGGCUCCACCAAAGAGUUCUUCAGGAGGUCGAAGAUUGCUGUGUUUGAGAAGAUGUGGUCCUACAUGAAGGCAGCUGACCCGUCCGUGUUUGUCAAAACGACAGACGAGGGCGUAAUGAGAGUCAGGAAGUCCAAGGGGAAGUACGCCUACCUGCUGGAGUCCACUAUGAAUGAGUACAUAGAGCAGAGGAAACCCUGUGACACCAUGAAGGUGGGAGGGAACCUGGACUCUAAAGGUUAUGGAAUCGCCACGCCCAAGGGCUCCCCUCUCAGAAACCCAGUAAACCUGGCAGUGUUAAAACUGAACGAGCAGGGCCUCUUGGACAAAUUGAAAAACAAGUGGUGGUACGACAAGGGAGAGUGCGGCAGCGGGGGCGGGGACUCCAAGGACAAGACGAGCGCCCUGAGCCUCAGCAACGUGGCGGGAGUCUUCUACAUCCUGAUCGGAGGCCUGGGCCUGGCCAUGCUGGUGGCGCUGGUGGAGUUCUGCUACAAGUCCCGGACCGAGUCGCGCCGAAUGAAGCAAUCCAUCAACGACGCCAUGCGCUGCUCCACCCUGACCAGGAUGAGUGGCAACGGGAGCGGCGGCGAGAACGGACGAAUCCUCACCCACGACUUCCCCAAGACCGUUCAGACGCUGCCCUGUAUGAGCCACACCGCCAGCAUGGGACUGGGUGCCUCUGGCAUGUGAUCACCACGCUAACUGUGCUUGCGGCGAUAGGGGAGAUAGGCAGGGUGGGGCAGGAGAAGAGCUCAAGACUCUUAAUUCACCUCAAAAAUCAUGGCUGUCC